GGCGCCUGGGAGGCGGGAACGCGGCUCCGGAGCCGACCGGAGCUGGGUCCGCCCUCUACCCGGCGGGAAAAACUUGAGGAAAGAGUUUUCUUUUUUAAACAUUAAGAAAUUUGAGGAUGGUGGGGCAGAACAACUAAAUCCCAUUUGCCUGUGAUUCCUUAGCCGGAAAACUGUCAAAAUCUGUGGGUAAAUUCAUGAGAUAAGAAAAAGAAUGGCGUCUAGAAUAAAUACUGGUUUCACUUUGAUUCCCAACCAGAAAUAUAGACGCAGUAAUCGUCGAUCCACCAGCUAUUUUUCCAACACCCUUGGCUCAGAUUCUCAGCCUUUAUCAACGCUUGGAAAUUUUAAAGCCUUGCCAUUGGAAAUAUUCCAAAUAAUCUUAAGAUAUUUGUCAGUGAAAGAUAUCAGCAUGCUAAGUAUGGUGUCCAAAACAGUCAGCCAGCACAUUAUUAAUUAUAUCUCAACCUCAUCAGGAAGCAAAAGACUUUUACUACAGGAUUUUCAUAACCUUGAGCUGCCUAGCAAGAGACAAGACUCUAUCAUACUGGAAUAUUACAGAUCUCUAGGUCUGCUAUUUAAAAGAUGUACGUUGCUGCUACCCACAAAGGAAAGACUAAAGUACAUUCACAAGAUACUUGCAGAAGUUUCCUGUUUUAAAUUCAAUGGCUGUGCAGCUCCUAUUCAGUGUUUAGGAUUACCAUGUUAUGGCAUGUUUUUACAGACCUUAACAGCAGGUUGGGAUGAACUUGAGUGCCAUCGUGUAUAUAACUUCUUAUGUGAACUGACUAAUCUCUCCCGCAAGAUGCAGACCGCUGUCUGCAGCAAACCAGGAAGUGCCCGAAAACUGGAAUUAAGGAUCAGACUGUUCUGUAGGAACGUCCUGCUUGAUCACUGGACACAUCAAAGUGAUUCUGCUUUUUGGUUGACACGUAUAUUAAAACCAUGGCCAAUGGUGAAUCAGGCAAGAUUAUUGUAUAUCAUCUUCGGACCAGUAUCUCCUCAAGAUGGACAGGUGGUUUGGCAGAAAAUGAUAGAAGGACCUACGGAUGAAUCCAGUCUGAAAGAUUUGGCUGAUGCUAUUAAAUUACUGUAUGACACAGGCACCAAAGAGUGGACAGCAGAUGAUGUUAUCAGUCUUGUAGAUGAACUAUCAGUGGUUCCCCGUGAAUGGCUUCUAGAGAAUAAUGCACGUCUCCUAAUCCUAAGUGGGAACAACAUCUGUUUCACUUUCAUGGCUAGUAAAGCUGUGAAUGGACGGGCCAUUGAACUGGCAAAGCUCAUUGUCUUUUUGGCUUUGGUAUGUGAGAAAGAACUCUACUGCAUGGAUUGGGCAGUUAAAAUGAUGCAAAAAGUCUGUAAAGUCUUUAGCACUCCAGUGGAAAGAAAUAACUUCCUACAGAGUGUGGCAAAUGCGUUUGCAUGUGUUAUAAUGGAAAUGCUGCAGUCAGUUAUGUCCGGAGACCGUGACGAAGAUGACAGAAGCUUCUUGAAUCUGUUCCAUCUUGUGCAUGCUCAGGCUAACUUCCAUAAGGAAGUCUUGUAUUUGACCAUGAAUACUCUUUCUACCUAAAUACUCAAAAAGCCUUGCAUUGAGAGAAUACCUCACUGAACUAACAAUUCCAAGAGUGCUACUUUUCCACCCUCAAAGAACAGCAGCCAUGGGACUUUUUAUCACCUAAGUGACCUAAGAACUCAAAAGCUGUACAGAAUUUUAGAAGCAACUGCUUGCCCUAUUACUAACAUAAAAAUUACAGGCAAAUCCAAGAGUGUAUUGAGAUUUCUCGGGAAAACAAGCUGUGCCUCUCCAGAUUUUGGUAAACCUCACACCCAACUCAAUACAGCAUUAGUGUCCGAGAAUCUGGGGCUAACCUGUAUGUGUGGAUGUUUGAAGCAAGGGAAAAUUGUUUUCUAGGUAGAGCUGACUCAAAUUCACUAAAUGGUUUAUAUCUGUUCUCUUUGCUGAGGUUCUGUAGACAUAAUCUAGAAUGUUUUGUGAGGAUCUGCAAUAUGAUGUUUUGGAAUGUACAGAUAUAAAUCACAUCUUUUACCACCUUUUUGGCAUAUGAUUACAAAAACAUUAUAUUUUGUUCAUGUUUUGCAUGAACUAAUCAAAAACCAAAAACCAAAGGAAGUGGAUCUAUACAUAUUCAUACAUAUAUAUGUGUGUGUGUGUAUAUGUAUAUAUACAUAUACACAUAUACAUUUUCCUCUUUAAGACAAAAGUCUAUAAAUAGAGGAAAGUAUACGUUGUCUUAAUACAAUUAAAUCAUCUUUUAUGCCUUCCUGGAGAUUAGAGUAAAAUGUUGCAAAUAAGGGAAAAUAUAAAAUAAAGUACCUGUUCUGCUGCCAGAACAAUCUUUACAAAUAAUUUGCACUUCUUCCUAAAGCUUUCCUCCCUGUCUAAAGAGUGGAACUUGAAGGAAACUGGAAGCAGCAUGCAUUGGCUAGAGCAGCCCUGAGAGGGUGGAGUUUUCACUCAAGUAAAUGGAUUCCAGGAAGCUCCAGGACUAUUUCAGUCUUACUAGCAUUUACCCACUGCUUUUACUAUUAAAAUUGAAACUAAUAGUGUAACAGGGCUGAAAUCAUGCCGGGGCCCUCCUGGAUCUCCCAUUUUCUUCUCCUUGGGUUUGAUCAUUUUAUUUCUGUUAAAGACAUACUCCUUCCCCCUGGACUUCUCAGAGUCUGGACUUUCUUUUCCUAAGCCCUUGACUUAACUCUGUAGCUGAGGAAGGAAAGGAACACUAGAAAAUAUAGAAACUACUCACAAAAAUGGGGUGUAAAUUAUGGAAAAUUCUCAGGUGUUUGGUAAGAGGGGCUCAGAGAUUUAGUAGGAUUGAGGAAGAGUGAACAUUUUGGAGAAAAUAGAAAUUGUGAUAAGAUUUUACUAUAUUUCAGUAGCAUAAACACUUACCUUCAUUUUUGGAAUGUCAGAAAUUAACUACUUUUUCCUGAUGGAUCAUCCAGCUAUAAUUCCAUCAGUGGCAGGAAUUUUUUCUCUAGAGUUCAGUAUUUGUAUAUUCGUGUAGAAACAGAGUUCUUGCUUUUAUCUUAGCUUCAUUUUCUUCCUCUCAUUUUAAUAAUUCACUCACCAUUAAAUUAUAAAGAUUAAAAAUUGGCAGAUACCAAAAUACGAAGUAAUACCUUGCUUUUAGCCUUUUCUUCCCCCUCUCUCACUCUUUUUCCUAUACAUGCUCUGAAAAGCCUAACCCACUUAUUUAUCAAAACACUGGUGAUUCCAAGUUAGCAAAAUAUGCCCAUUAAAUUAUUUGAGGAGGGAUAGUAAAAACUUUAAUAUUAACAGUGAAUAUUUUUAGUAUUUUACUCAAUAGAUGUUAAGUCUCAUUCUCUUAGAGAAAGAAAUCUGGCCUUGUGAAGUUUCCUUGAAUUAUCGAAGUCCCCACAGUGAUUAUUUUCAGCACAUUUACAAAAUUUUGAAUCUCGUUAUACACUUGAAUUGACAUGACUGCUGCUAUAAAAUUUUUCAAACAUAUUGUAUUAUCCUGGCUAAUUGUGAGAUUAUUAUCUCACUCUGCCCCAAAAGUUGGAACAUAAAAAAAUCGAGUUCAUUCUUUGGAUGCAACAGAAAAUGAAGUUGUCUUGCUACCAAUAAAAAGUAAACUGACAAGUUCCUCAUUUGGUUAUUAAUAGAUAAAAAUAAAAUUGCAACCAAACUUGCAAUUUCCUCAAUUUAGCAGCUCAGUGUUUUUUUGUUUGUUUGUUUGCCAAACGCAUUUGUCAUCAGGAAUAAAGUGUGACAUCAAAUGUUAAAGUGGGAGAUUAGCUUGCAAAAGUACAUAUGGUUAUCACUGGUAUCAAUGUUUAAGGGACAGUAUAGACACGGUGCCAUCAAAAAAGGAGUAUCGGUAAAAAUGCAUAGCCUAAAAAAUGCUAGGAGAUUGUCCAUUUCUAACUAACUUUAGAACAGUCAUAACAGAACAACAUGAGCUGCUAACAGGUCUAAUAAUUUAUCCUAUUCUUUUCCUAAGUUAGAAGAUUGACCUGGCCUUCUAGUUCUUUUUUUCCUUUUGAUAGUGAUUCCCUCAUCUCCUUUGACUUUCAUUUGAGGCUGAUUUUUACUUCUACUAAAAAGCAAGCCCCAUGAUACAUCAUUAUCUUUACUAUUGAUUCUAAACACACAAUACCAUACUAAUAAACUAAGGACACUUCUUAUAAACUCAUUUAAAGCUUAUAUCUUAUGAUAAAUACUCUGCACCUUAAGAAACCAUGGAACAUCUAUCCUUAACACUUUUUUGAGUAAUUUCUUCUGAUGGCCUUCUGAUCCCUCAACUUCUUUAUUGUAUUCACAAUGCAGGCAGUAAAUUGCUGUGUUUGGGAAGCGGUUUAAUCACUCAGGAAGUUCAAGUAGUUGCUUAUUGGGUUGCUCUCCACAGCAUGAACAAUAGACACCUUAUUUCACACUUGUCCCGUCCUCUGAUGACUUAGUUCAUGCUUCCAGUUCUUCUGUUACGAACAAAGAUUUUAUUGCCAGGAUAGUCAUCUACCUGAAGUAGGAUUAGAGCAAACAUGAGGUGUGCAGGAAAAGAUGGAACUGGAAGAACCAUCUUAUGGUAAUAAAAAACAAACCUUUACCUCUUUGUGUGAUUAUUACUUAAGAGUUAAUCUCUUUAAGUGAAUAGUACUCAGUUAUAUGAUUACAGAUUUCUUUUCAAUUCCACUAGCAGGUAGCAGUGAAACCUGUAAGAAAUCAGGUUAUGAACAUAUGCUCCUUGGUUUAUUGAAACAUCACUAAGAUAGGAAAGAUGACCUGAAAGACAGCUGUAUUGGAUAGUCUUCUCUAGAUUAAAAAAAAAAAAAAAAAAAGUGCCGAAGUACGAAGAACACAUUGUUUU